AUGCUAAGUUUGAUUGGGGCGGGGCCGUCGGGGGCGAAAUGUGCGGCCACUCGACGGGUAGAGCACUUCGCCCCAGAAGUCCGGCGUCUUGUCAGCCGUGUCAUCGUCCGUCUCGUCGGCAGUCGCCUUCGGCGACGUCUUGCUCCGGCUGUGGAACCGCUUGCCCAGCUGGUCCGAGGGCCUACUGUUUUCUCGGCCACGGUGGGCAGCAAGUGCGGCAGUCGUUACUGCCGCCAGAGCCGCAUGUCCUCGCUAUGGAAGGGCACGGACUUUGACGGCCACGACCAAGAAGACCUGGCAUUUGCCCCCACGGAAGUCUUCGUCGACGACGAAGGCGAUGCGCUGCAUGCCACCAUGGACGAAGCCGACCUUCUCAAGACAUUUCCCGUUCGACAUCGGUACGCUGCAAUCAACUCGACAGUCGUUGGGUACAAGUCCGUGCCCUUCCACGGCGAGGACGUGCGGCUCUGGCGACAGCAACGACUGGCGCACGUGCUGCCCACCGUGGCCGAGAUAACGGUCGGCCCGUCGGACCAGCUAGGCAAGCGGUUCCUCAGCCGUAGCAAGACCUCCCCGAAGGCGACUGCAGACGACACGGACGAUGACACGGCGGACAAGACGCCGGACUUCUGGGGCGAAGUGCUCAACCCGUCGAGUUGGCCGCACAUUUCGCCCCUACCCCCGCUACAGUACCUAUGA